GUCCUUUCAAGGACUGUCAACAAGCCAAAGAAGCCGGGCAUGCCAACAGUGGAAUUUAUAUGAUCAAACCUGAAAACAGCAAUGAACCAGUACAGUUAUGGUGUGAGAACAGUCUGGAUCCUGGAGGCUGGGCAGUUAUUCAGAAAAGGACAGAUGGAUCUGUCAAUUUCUUCAGGAAUUGGGACAGUUACAAGAAAGGAUUUGGAAAUGUUGAUGGAGAGUACUGGCUGGGACUAGAAAAUAUUUACAUGCUUACCAAUCAGGACAAUUAUAGGCUACUGAUUGAACUAGAAGAUUGGAGUAAUAAGAAAGUCUAUGCAGAAUACAGCAGUUUUCGCCUGGAGCCUGAAAGUGAAUUCUAUAGGCUGCGUCUGGGAACUUACCAGGGAAAUGCAGGGGAUUCCAUGAUAUGGCACAAUGGAAAACAAUUUACAACACUGGACAGAGAUAGAGAUACAUACACAGGAAAUUGUGCCCAUUUUCACAAAGGAGGCUGGUGGUACAAUGCUUGCGCACAUUCUAACCUUAACGGAGUGUGGUACAGAGGAGGCCAUUACAGAAGCAAAUAUCAGGAUGGGAUUUUUUGGGCUGAGUACAGAGGAGGUUCAUAUUCCCUGAAAGCAGUUCAGAUGAUGAUCAGACCCAUUGACUGAAAAAAAAAAAACCAAAACCAGACCCCACUGUCUCAAGUGAUCAAAUAUAAAACUUUUCAGUGCUUGAGCUCCGGGGGAAAAGAAGUUACAUUUAAACUCUUACUUUGCGCAAUUUAGCCCUGCAAAAUGCAGUACAACAAGUGUUUUGGGUUUUUGUUUUUUAAACUUUCUCACUGUGAUACAGUAUGUGUUAAACAUAAAACUCCUAAUAAUUCACAACACACACAAGGGUUUAAACAUUUGUAAUAAAUAUUUAUCUUCAUUAAAGCCCUACACAAUUUUCAUUAAUUGCAGCCAUUAAAGUGAUUAAAAUAGUUCUUAGGUUACAGUACAAGUUUCUCCAGAUCAGUUCAACCUUUAAAUGUAAAUAUGUAAAACAACUAUUUGUCUUAUUUUAACGUGAAAAUUAAUUCAUUUUCAGUUAUUUAAUAGUUUUUUAAAAACUCAUAAGAUUACUUUCAAUGUAUAUCUGAUCUUACAUUAUUAUUGUUUUUAACAUUUACACACACACACACACACACGCACAAUGAGUUUGCACCCCAAAAUAGUAGACAGAAAAUUGGUGAGAAACUCUAGUUUUGCCAGCAGAUAUAUAUUUUGUUGCAAAUAAACGCUAAGAGUUGUUUCCACAUGAUGUUUUGAAUUUAACAUAAAAUAGUUGCUAAUAAUGUAGACUGUUUCUUUCAGGACAUGCGUAUCCUGCUUCCCAUCAAAGCAUUUAGGAGAAAUGUUUUCUUAGCACAACAACAACAAAACACAAUUCUUAUAAGACACUCUUAUAAAUGCAUGAGUAAAUUCCACAGUGCUCAUGUCUUUUCUAUGUGUCUUUGUACUCCACACAUGUAGCAAGCAGGCAGUGCUAUCUAUGGUAUGCAUAUUACUGAAUAGGAAAAUCAUUCUUGAUCACUUAAAAACUCAAACAAUCAGCAAAAUAGGUAAAAAUUAAAGAAAAAAAGUUUUACUAGAAUAUAUGAAAUACACAUUUUUCUCAACCUUUUGCAAAUUGUGACCAAAUUGGCAUUUUGAAAUAAUUGAAAAACUAAUCUCAGUUUCCAAGAAGGCAUUAAAAUUCAUUUUUUUUCAUUUUUAUUAGUUCACGACUUGAACAGAUUUCAGAAUGUUAUGACAUGUUGGCAUUACACAGUAAAUUCAGAAAAUAUGAUGCAGUUAAAGAAAUUAAUGUUAAUUACUAUAUUAAUUUAUUUCUAAACUUUGUAUAAAUGCAGCGUGGAGACAUUUGUGCUUGCCUAGAUGAGGAAAGACAACCAAUAUACAAAUGCAAAUCAACUUCAAACGCAAGAAAAAAAAUGGUAUGUCUAAGGCAAAUUCAGGCUGAUACUCUUGUGACCCAGAUAUAAAUGGAUGGAAGGGACUUCUACUACUUCACUCAUACUUUCCAGGUACUAAUUAGGUACACAAAAAACCAAGAAUACAAUAAAGAGUUUCUUGGUUUCACAGACUCAAGUUGACUUGGCCCAGUAUUAACGAAGAACAGUCCCGCAUAUAGCACUAUUUACUAGUUUGCUCAACAAAAUGGUUUAAAAUCCAGUUCUUAUAUUAAUCAGUCUCAAAUAUUAACAAUCACAAAACUGCAAGGACCUGAAGUUGUGAGCUGAUGUCUUUUUUAAAUUGUAACAUUUUACAAUAUAAAAUAUCCAGAAUCAUGUGAAUAUCUCAAAUCUUUCAUUUUGAAUACUGUAAGAACAGAGUUUUAGUUGGAGAAAUACCAUUUAAAGAUCAGAAAGGAUUUUCCAAGUAAACAAGCUUACACAACAACUUAAUAAGAGAUCUGUGAAAAUCCCAUCUCCACACCUAUAAAAGAUUAUACUAAAGAGAGAAAAGUUCUGCCUCAGUACAGGCAUAGCAACUUAUUCUGUAACACCUAGUAAGGGUGAGAGUUGUAGACUACAUUGCAUCCUUGCAUAUCUGCUGUAAAGACACAUUGUACCUCCACCUAACUGUCUUUCUAGCUGAAUGACCUCAGAGUCCUAAGGGACAAAAUAUAUCCUGGGGAAUUAUAAGGAACAGAAAUUCACAUUCUCAACCACUUACACAAAAACACUCUUGUACUUUACUUUUCUUGGGUUCUUCAAAAUAAAUAUGGUAUUUGCCAGCUCUGAACUUAUAAUCACAGAAAUGUAGGACUGGAAGGGACCUCAGUAGGUCAUCUAGUCCAGUACCCUGCACUGAGGUAGAACUA